GUGUGGAGCACCGUCCCGAGCGAGCAGCCUGCGGUGCCUGGGAGUUAAAAGGGAAUUGAAAAUGGCCCUUCAACGAUGCUAGGGCCACCAUGGGAGGGGCCACGCUCCGUUAUUUCUGCUACGGGUGCCUCUUCACAUCCCUGACCUGGACCCUCCUGCUUUUUAUCUACUUCAACUUCAGUGAAGUAACCCAGCCUCUCAAGCAUGUGCCCGUCCAGGGGCCCGAACCUCAUGGGCCCCUGCCUAAAAAGUUCUACCCCCGUUUCACCCGAGGCCCCCGCCAGGCCCCUGAGCCGCAGCUCCGAAGCCGUCCGGCCAGACACGGGUUUGGGAAUGCCGUGGAGGAUCCAGUCAGAGGAGGUCUGGACUUCUCUCCGGAAAUGGGUAUGAUUUUUAAUGAGCACGAUCAGGAGGUGAGAGACUUGGGCUAUCAGAAGCAUGCCUUCAAUGUGCUUAUCAGUAACCGCUUGGGCAGCCAUAGAGAUGUGCCAGAUACCAGGGAUGCAGAAUGUAAAGAAAAGUCCUAUCCACUUCACCUCCCAGCCGCCAGUGUGGUCAUUUGUUUCUACAAUGAAGCCUUCUCUGCUCUGUUGCGGACGAUCCACAGCGUGCUGGAUCGCACGCCGGCUCAUCUUCUUCAUGAAAUCGUUCUGGUGGACGACAAUAGUGAACUGGACGAUUUGAAAAGCGGGUUGGAUGAGUAUAUCCAACACCACCUGCCAAGAAACAUCCAAGUGAUAAGAAACGAAAAGCGAGAAGGGCUGAUCCGGGGAAGAAUGAUUGGAGCAGCUCAUGCUACAGGGGAGGUGCUCGUGUUUCUGGACAGCCACUGUGAGGUGAACGCCAUGUGGCUGCAGCCCUUGCUGGUGCCCAUCCAAGAAGACCGGAGGACCGUGGUCUGCCCCGUGAUCGACAUCAUCGGUGCCGACACGCUCGCCUACAGCUCCUCCCCCGUUGUCCGGGGAGGCUUCAAUUGGGGUCUGCACUUCAAGUGGGAUCUUGUCCCCUUGUCUGAGUUGGGGGGUCCCGGAGGAGCCACGGCACCCAUCAAGUCACCCACAAUGGCUGGAGGGUUGUUUGCUAUGAAUAGAGAAUACUUCAGAGAACUUGGACAAUAUGACAACGGCAUGGAUAUCUGGGGAGGAGAGAAUUUGGAAAUAUCAUUUCGGAUCUGGAUGUGCGGGGGCCAGCUCUUCAUCAUCCCUUGCUCCAGAGUGGGCCACAUUUUCCGGAAGAGGCGCCCGUACGGAUCGCCGGGGGGCCAGGACACCAUGGCCCACAACUCCCUGCGACUGGCACACGUUUGGAUGGACGAGUACAAGGAGCAGUACUUCGCCCUCAGGCCGGAACUGAGGCUCAGGAGCUACGGCAACAUCAGCGAGCGGGUGGCGUUACGGAAGAAGCUGGGCUGCAGGUCAUUCAAGUGGUACCUGGACACCGUCUAUCCGGAGAUGCAGAUAUCGGGGCCCAAUGCCAGGCCGCAGCCUCCGGUCUUUUUCAACCGUGGGCCCAAGAGGCCCAGGAUCCUACAGCGGGGACGGCUGUACCACCUUCAAACCAACAAGUGCUUGGCUGCCCAGGGCCACCCCAGCCAGAAAGGAAGCUGGGUGGUGUUGAAGGAGUGUGACUACGGCGAUGUGAACCAGGUGUGGAUUUACAACGAAGAGCACGAGCUGAUUUUAAACAAUCUCCUCUGCCUGGACGUGUCCGAAACCCGCUCCUCCGACCCGCCCCGCCUCAUGAAGUGCCACGGAUCCGGCGGGUCGCAGCAGUGGACUUUCGGGAAAAGCAAGUGGCUGUACCAGGUGUCCUUGGGGCAGUGCAUGAAGGCGGUCGACCCGUUGAGUCCGAAAGGCUACGUUGGCAUGGCGAUCUGCGACGGCUCCUCUCCGCAGCAGUGGCACCUGGAGGGGUGAGGUGCAGAGGGCGGUGCCAGGGAUCGAGCUGGGGCCCAGAGGGCUUCCAGCUGGGCCUGGACGACCCCUCUUUUUAAGGUGACGACAUCCGGGGGACGGUUGGGACGCCCCGGGGUGACUCUCCCCUCUUUUUAAAAAAAGUCGGGCUAAGCAAGGGCUUAGGAUGCCCAGGGUCCUGGGCGGCAUCUUCGUCUUCUAGCUCCAGCCCCUCCUGCGGGGAGAAGUUACUUAAGAGGAAGCAACUAUGGUUUUACUACGGUACAGAUUUUAUUUGGACGGCUUACCUGCGUUGUAAAAUAAAUGGUCCUCUUUUUUAACUGAU